AGGAAUUUACCUGUCUAGGUAAGUCAGUGGGAGGUCAAGAAGAGAACAGAGGAGGUGGUAUAGCCUGUUUGAUGUGUUAGUGCAUAGCAGAGUACGUGGAAUUGUUUUCAUUUCCUAGUGAAGAGCUCUUGAAUCAUAUGGAUUGCUCUCUUAUCUAACUUGAUAUGCCUAAAAAGGAUUUAUGGGUAGGGAUAGCUGAGCCAGAUCCCACACCAAUUGUUGACAGUGCAGGCAGCUGUGAGAGUGUGAUCAGCAACAACUCCAGUUCUUUGGAAAUGAGUGGCAGUGGCUAUGAUUAUCUAUCAGUGGAAGAAAAAGAAUGUCUUAUGUUUCUUGAAGAAACAUUACAUUCUUUAGACACUGAAGCAGACAGUGGACUUUCUACUGAUGAGACAGAAGCUGUUGAACCUUCCAAACUUCCAAGGACAUGGCCUACAAGAGAUAUCCCCAAAGAACUGGAUCCUGAAUAUCUUGAAAAAAAUAAACGAAUUGAUCCAAAAGACAACACAUCUCUCUCUGGUUCAAUACCUGCUGUCAUCUUAAGUCCAGGCCACCACAGCCUUCCAAAAAAUAUCAAUGCAAAAAAUACUGUCCAGGCUUCCAAGAUUUUUGUUGCUGAAGCAGCAGAGACUAAUGCUGAUGAUCUAAAAACUCUUCCUCAAUUACAUUCAACUUCAUGGGGGUCUUCUAAGCAGGGAACAUUGAAUAUACCAAAUGAGCUGCCUGAGAUAACUACUCAGGGAAGGGUCUCUGAGUUGGAAUCAGUAGUAAUUCCACCCCCUGAACCAUUCCAAGACCAGAGGCAGAGCCAUAUCAUAAUAGGAUAUGAACCAAUACAUGCUGAAAGUGGGGCAACAUCUCAUUAUGAAUUUAAGAGGAACCAAGGUGUAACAGAAGAAUAUGAGGCAAGAGCUGUCCAGCAAGAACUCUCACCAGAGAUGAUGGAGACAGCAACUGGAAAGGAAUCAUAUUUGAAAUCUGUCUCUCCUAAAUGUAACAAGAAAAGUUCUGAACAAAUUAUUAGUCAUCAAGAAACUGAUCAUAAACAUAUACUGGAAGAAUCUCAAUUAGAUUCCAGUUUCAAGCAAGGCCCUCCUACUGCCCCAAAGCCCAGAAAAUUGCCCCCAAACAUUAUCCUCAAAACCAGUAAAAGUAAUGUUGUGUCACUCAAUGUAGAUCCAACCCAUAAGAUAAAAGUAUCAUUGCCAUCCAGUGGGAGGCCUAGAGCUGCAACUGGUGACUUUUCUAUGGAGAAAACAUAUGCCCUCCAAAAAGAACAAGGGAGGGCAAGGAGGGAGGCUCUUGAGAAAUUGGGACUCCCUUUGGAUAAUGAGAAAAAUCCAGAUGACCAAGUGAUCAAAACUUCUGUUUACUCAAAACCAAGAGAGACUUCCUGCACUGGCAGUACGGAGAAUUUAAACAUGAAUGACAUCACUCUUAAUAAGAAAUCUGUCCAGCAAUCUAACCAAAUUGAUGGCAAAGACGUCCAACCAACUGAGAUCAGCAUCCCAAGUGUCAAACAGGCAAAUUUCAAAUCUAACACAUUGGAACGAUCAGGUGUGGGUCUGAGUAGUUGCAUCUCUUCUGGAAAGGAGGGACAGCAGUUUAAGAACAACAAAAUAUCUUUUCUCAACAAGAUCACUCCAAGUUUUCUCAGGAAUAACCGGAUGCGCCCAGCUUCUCUUGGCACAGGGAAAGACUUUGUUGAUUUGAAGGAAAACAAACUACAUAAUGUUGAGCUGGACAAAAAUUAUGAGCGAAGAUCUUAUCCACUUCAGCAUCCCUCCAAGCUUCCUAGGCCACCAUGUGUUAGUGUACAAAUCACCCCUAAAGGGACCACAGAAGAGCACAGAAGGGAAGCUUUAAAAAAGCUUGGUCUGUUGAAGGAAUAAACUGAAUAAUAGCUGGCUUAAUGCAAAAACUGUAUGUUCAGUUUUGGUUAAUAUACUUGCUUGCUUAUUCUUCUCUCUUCUUCAUCCAAAUGGAAAAAUUGAAGCUUACAUUAUGUCUGUCAAGAUUUUGUCUAACAUGUGAGCAUGGUUAUUGAUGGGUGGAUUAGCAUCAUGGUCAAAAGUUUGCUUCAAUUAAUUCUGCCAUUUACCAUACAGUACACUUUCCAUCAGCUAAGAAAUCCUCCAUCCCACCUAUAUAGGAUGAUUUGUGUAUAUAUGUGCAAAGAUAUGACUGUUGUAAUAUGUAAAUAUAUGACUAUAUGUGGUAAAUAUGUUUGGUCAGAAGGGGCAAUCUAAAAUUUUAGUGUAAUUGCAUGGGGCAAGCCAUGAACUUUUGAAAUAUUGUACAGACUUGUAUCAUGACAAUAGCGGUAUGGCUAGAAAUCUCUAGUCAAUACUGAGUUGCAAUAAUAGUAUAUUGGUUCCUUUUUAAAUAACUGUACCUAAUAUAACCUUGUGCAUACAUUGAAACCAGCGAAACCAGUAUGGCUGGUAUAUGUAGAUCAUACAGUGUCUGUUUAAUAAAUGAACCAAUUAUUCAUUGGAUAUAAAUGUGAAAAAUGAAGAAUUUGACCAUUCCUCUAUAAUGUGGCUUCAAAUUCUGAAUGAGCAAUUGAUAAAAUAUAGAUGCUAGAAGUAAAGUUGAUUUGAUCCUCUUUAGUUUUCUGCACCUAUUUUAUGUGAAUCAAUUAUUGCUGUAUUCCAAUUUAAAAUCAUGCUGUUGUUUAGAAU